GUUAGUCAGAGAUCGGUCCAUGGCCCAGAUUCUCGCCCUUCGGAGGUUGCUAUAAAAUCAUCCCGAGGUUCAUCAUUUUCUUGCACUUCGAGACUGUUCUUUAACCCCGAUAGUGAGUUAGAUGUGCGCCGUGAUUUCCUGUUUCUUGACGAUCUUCGUUAUCACCGCGCUCACUUUCACGUUAAUUUACAAACCGUUCUUUGUAUGGGAAUUGAAGAAUUCCGACUAAAGACAAAAGAAACGCCUGUCAACGUUCGGCGUGGAGUCGCGUCGCCGACUCCCGAAAUUGAAAAAUCUCAGCGACGAUUCGAGGGAGCGGUGAAAAUGAAGAUUCUCAUAAUAGCGCUGUUCGCUUUCGGCGUCCCGGCGGACUGCUCGUCGUUGUUGGAAAUGUCGCAGGUUUUGUGGAGCCGGCUGUUGGCCGGUGGACUGAUCAAAGGGGGCCCGUUGGACCCGCUCCGUAUUCCGGUGGUGAAGGUCGACCAAUCCGAGGGUAACACCAGCUACCGAAUAGUCCUUAGAAACGUCGAAGUCAGGGGUUUGAAUUUAUCGACUCUCGAGAGCGUGCACUUGGCUCGAGGGAGGCUCAAGUCAAAUUUGAGCGAACUCGAAGCCGGCUACGUAAGCUACGCGGAUUUGAGAGAAUUGGACUCGAUCAGAUACAGAUUUCACACCCUCGUCAAGGAGCGGAAGCCGAAGAACGUCAAUGCCGGUACCGACGAAUUUCCGAAAGAGGACGCCGAUUUCGUCGGCGAACCAGAGCCAACGACAUCCGCCGGAAACGGAGCGACGACGGCGGCCUCGCGAAAUCCACCUCGCGUUCGUCCGGACGCUUUCCGUACCCGCGAAGAACUCGUCGACGUCGUUUACGCUGCGGAGCGUCGACCGUACGAUCGGACGAGAAGCGGAAAUCGGGAACGAGCGGAUAACUACAGGGCGGACGGGGCUCCGUCGCGAAUCGUGUGUUUCGGGAGUUGCGACACCGGGAACGGGGGGCCUCAUUCGAGGGGGUUCACCGGUGAAGGAGGAAGAAACGGGAAUUCGAGAAGACGCGACGAGCUCAACGAUCGGGAAGGGGAGAGUGCCUUCGGGAACCGAGACGCGCAGACUUCCGGGAGCGAGAGCUUCGAGCUGAAACGAGCUUUCGUCGGAACCGGAGAACCCGGCGGUGCGGUGAGAAGCACUCCGGAGUCGAGGAAUAGCGGACAUCGCGGGAACGGAAACGUUGGCGAUCCGAAGAUCCGGGACGAAGGCGCGAGGGGGAGGAUAAACGAUACGAGAGUUUACGACCGAACACCACCCGGUUACGUGGAUAUAGUUUACGCGGACAUGGACGAUCGGAAAAUCCGGCGCUUCGGUGGUUUUCCGAGAGAAGACGAUCGCGACGUUGGGGUUCGCGGGCUCCACGAGAUCAGAAAGGAGAUCGAACGGCGCAACCGAUACUUCGUUCAUAAUUUUACGGAAACCGAGGCGAUCCAGAAACGCAACAACAUGACGCGCGCCGCUAUCGAAAGCAAGGCGAUCAAGGACCUGAUCAGGUACGCCGAUAAUUACCAAGAGAAGAACGGUUACUACGAACAGGGAAUGCGGCUGAUCUAUCACCUGGGUGGAGCGGAGGAUCCCAGUCCCGUGGAGCCGGUCGGAUCUAACGAAGCGAAACGUCGCAAACGCCAACACGACCUCGUCGACGCCUCGGAAGACGACGUCAUGCACGUAAUAGUGAGACUUCGCGUACCGUUGCUCCGAGUUAAGGCGGAUUACCUUCUCGGCGGGAAAGUUGGACCGGAAGUAUUGAGGGGAAAUGGCCAACUGACCGGGAACUUCACUAAUUUGACCGGUGAUUUUACUCUGGAAUUGAAGAGAAUUGGUGAAAAAAAACUGGUCGUUAGAGCAGCGAGGGCAAGAUUGAUUUCGGAUGGGCGAAAAGUAACGCUCCAAGGGAUGAAGGAAAAGGGACCGGUGCAAAGUAUUUUGGUACACGGUCUAAUGGCUGCCGAAGCUGUCGCCGCCAUGAUAGCCGAUGACUUGGCGACAAAAGCACUUGGCGAACAACCGGCGACUGACGCAAUGAUUUACAAAAUGUAUUCCAACGACCCCGCGUCCCUUCAAGAUUGACGCGAAUCUCGCCCCCGAAACGGGAAUAUGAUAACUUACCUCAUUUCGAGCAACCUUUAAUUUAUUUAUUUAUCAGCUGUCCAACGAUUGUACAGAAUUCAUAUGUGUAUAUAUAUAUGUUGAAAAAAUAAUAUGCAUCGUGAGAACCUUCGGCGAUUAUCGGGUUUUUCUUAGCGUCCAACGGUCCGGUGGAUCUGUAUCGAUCGGAGGUGAGAACGAUCGGAUCAAUGGAAUCGAAAGUGUAUAUUUUUCGUUGCAAGUGUCGACUGAGGGGGGUGCGGGCUGUAAUGCGCAAGAAGUUCUGACCGAUCUUCGGGAGUACAGGGCCGCCGCAGGGAACGCACCGUUUUUCUU